GUGCAAAACGAAGCACUGAAGGUGUCAGUUGGGCUCCCGACGGUUUAAUUUUUAGCUCCCACAACGAACGCAGUUCUCAGCGAUUUUGACGCAAAUUAUAAACGUCAGCAAGUUUUGAUCCAAGGGCGUGACACCGAUAGCGAGCAACAGGAUGCUGGCACUGCCUUUGCUGACUCUGGCGGUCCUCGCCAGCUGCGGCUACACCGUGGACGCCUACUCCAAGUACGGCCGUGGAUGCGGGGACAUUGGCUGCCUGCCCACCGAGGAGUGCGUCAUCACCAGCGACUCGUGCAGCUACAACCAGCGUGACGGCAAGGAUUGCGGCAACUAUCCCACCUGCAAACGGCGCUCCGGCGGAGGAUCAACCGCCUCGAACAGCAGCCCCAACUUGGCAGCCCCCUCGGCCAAUCCGUCAGGAUCGAGUCUGGGCCAGGGACCCGAGAACAACAUCUUUGCACCCGCCUCAUCGAACCCCACGCUUAACACCUACACGUACAACCAUCAGCAGGGUGGCGGCGAUAGCGGUGGUGAUGGCGCUCAUGGCCACGGCCACGGAAACGGAAAUGGUAACGCCGGAAACGGAAACGAUCGCGACAAGGGCGGCAACGCGGGGGCGGCAGGCGCCUCCUCGACGGGCGUGAUAGAUCCGCACUACGUUUUCGGGGCCAAGCACCACAUGCCCGUCAUACCGAACAUGCCCAUCUUCCCGUACAACUCGCCCACGUCGGCGCCUCCGUUCCAGCAGUUCCCUCAACCCAAUCAUCCAGGCAGCGUCCUCAACCCCGGCUACCCCAUGCACGGCCUGCAGCCGGUGAACCCGUACAAUCCGCCCUUCAUCUUUGGCCAGCUGCCAUUCUAUGGCGGUGGCGGGCCGACCGGGACUGGCGGUCCGCCCGGCGGCGUUGGAGGCGGCGGCAAUGGCGGCGUCGGCGGCGGCGUCGGACUGCCCAGCUCGACGUUGGGCAUCCUCGGCGGCGGCGGCGGCGGCCUGGCGCCCUACGGCAGCAACUACCAGGGCUAUCAGGGCUACCAGAGCCAGCACUCCAACGCGAAUAUGUACAACAAGCCGCCGCCGCAGUACCAGAACCAGAACCAACAGAACCCCUACAACCGGCGCACCCAGGCGCAUCCCUCGGCAGCCGGCAGUCUGGGCGGACUGGGGAUGCCCGCCCUGAUCUUGGGGCUCGUCCUGGCCCUCCUGCCGCACACGUAAUAGGCUGGGGCGGUAGCAGCAGAAUAGCGGCACAAAGCCACAGAACACCACUCCCGAAGACCCCCGGAAAUUAAACAACCAUCCCAUAUGCUAGGGAUAACCUUUGGAAUGAGCCCAUUUUCACUGAACUGUUCUACUAACAAAGGAUCACUUCCAAUUCACCGAACUCUUAUCAACUCUUUCUAAGACAUGUCUGGUGCUGUCAUUCUGAGAUUUGCGAAAAAUACUAGUUUUAUGAAGUAAGUUUCGCAUCGAUUUAAGCAAUAUUAAAGCAGUAAACGAGUUAUUUUCAAACUAAAAAAGCAGUAAAAAUGGGAUCUCACACGAAGGUUAUGCCUUACUUAUUAUUUUUUAUUUUUUUAUUAUCCAUAUUUCUUGAUAUUUGUUUGACUUUUUGUUUUGGCUUAGGCUUAAGAAAAAUGUAAAAGCAGAAGCAGCAGCAGUAAGAUUGGCAUUUAAAAAUUGUACGAGAUUACAGUUGGUCGAUGAUUUACUUAUAAAGCCUUUAACUUUGCAGAUACUUUUUUGACAUAUUUGGAACAAUUGUAGUUCUGCUUUGCUCUUUAGCCCACGCUGCGUAUACGUAAUUUCAAGGACUGUAGCUUACUGGAUACUUAAUUAUUGUUUUGAUUUGACAAGUCCGAAACAUAAGCCGUUUUAUAAAUGAUUUUGUAGAUCAUGAAUUAGUAUCUAUAUUUGUCUGAUAAGAAAAUACAUUUUUGCUGGGCAUCUUUUGAAGCUUCGCUUGAUGCUAACUUCUCGUACAAUUCACUACAAUUCAAAGGUUGUAUUUUAAUUACACUAUAAGCUGUAAGCCUUUGCCACACUCGUUCUACGUAUUUUGGCAUUUUGCUCGGCAGCCUUUGCUGUCUGGCUCACACUGCGAAUACGUAAUUUCAAUUUAAUAUUGUGUAGAAGAGUGUGCUCGUGUGUGUGUACGAGUAUAUAUGUGUGUGUGUGUGUGAAUUUUAGGCUAUCAGUCAAGGGGAACUGCCUGCCCCUGCGAGCCGCUCUUUUUUGCAGCUCAAUUAAAUUGGAAUUUAAUUUCAGGCUUAGCCAGCCAGCCUCUGGUCAGGGGGGCGUGGCAAGCCUGACCGCCACACACAGGGCGAACAUACACACGGACACACACAUACACGUGAUGAUUUGGGCAACUUUGAUGUUAAUUUCAUUUUUGUUGAUGCUACGAAUUUGCGGCCAGACACUGGCGGAUCCAGGGCUUUCGAUGAUGCCACUGCCACUGCUGCUGCAGUCAGAAAUACAGAUACAGAUACUUAGACGGAUAGUGUUGUAGAUACAAGAUACGCAUGUCAAUCAAAAUGCAUAAUGAGCUACACUCGAUGGCAGAGCACCAAGUGCCCUGCGUGAAAACAAGAACCGAUUGUUUUUUUUUAUACGAUUACGAAUACGAAUAAAUAAUCACUAAAGCAA